CGCUUUCAAGAUAGAAGCGGAUGAUUUGAAAACAAGUGUCAAAAUGUUAAAAAAUAAUCAAUGCAUUUGUGAAACAUAAAGAUUGAAUCAUGCUCUUCUGAACUUAGUUCUUUUCCACCCGAAGCAUGGAUACCCCCCUAUGUGAGAGAAGUGAGGCCCUCAUUUGCAAUGGAAACAUGACCACACCACUUGGUGCAUUCAGUGGCAAGAAAAAGAAAGUUUCACUGAAGAGAGUUAAAAACAAGUCUGAGCUGAACAUUUCCAAGGGAAAACUAAGAUCAGUUUCCAAGAAGCAGGAAUUCAGCUUUCUAAAUGCCUCAGUUCAGAAACAAACCUUGCGAGCAAACAAUCGAGCCUUGGCUCAGAAUCUCGCGAAGGCACGCGAGGAGAUACGUCUUAUGAAGCAGACGGAAAAACAGCUAUUGGCAUUGAACCAGGAGCAGUGUGUUGAAAUAAAUCGGCUUCGACGUGUGGCUGGCAUCCAAGAUGACCAGAUUGAGUUGGAGGUUAAGGGACGUAUAGAGCAAAACAUGCUGCAGGUGAAGAAGGUAGUUGAGGAUUUGUCACAGUCGAUGGUUCAGUCCAGCCAGUUUAUAACUGUCCUGUACGACAAAUGUGUGCUGUACAGUCGACGGAGCACAGAUGUCGGGGGAAGUAGAAUGUCCUCACUGGGGGACGGGCCACAGGAAUCAACCUCAGAUACGUCUGUGACUACCAGUAGAGUUGGGCCUAGAAGGGAGGUGUUCAGAUCAGAGACCACCGCGCCUAUCUCAGAUGUACCAAAGGCUGUCACCUCUCACCAUACUGGGUCUCACGACAUGAGCAUGAUCGCAGAACAGUCAAUCCUCGUAGAUGAGGGCGAGCCAAUGUUCACAGCUACACCCCUUGAGUCAGUUUUAGAAACUACAAAUGAUCCAAUAUCCAGCAAGCAGACCUCAAAACUUCCGCAGAGAGUUCCAAGAAGUGAAAGAGUUAAAACACUGGAUUCCAAACAGAAGACUAAACAAGAUGUGAAAGAGAUAAUUGAUAAUCACAAAUUGGAAAGAUCAAAGGAAAGCUCCACUGAAGAGAAAGACAAAACAAACGACAAACCCAAAGUGGAAAGCAACAAACAGGCAAAAACAAAGGAGUUUUUAAACAGAGAGGAAGAAAAAUCUAAUGAAAAGUCAAAAGUCCAAUUAGGGAAAGACGUCAAAGUUGUUGAAAAGAAAAAUGUUGAAAGAGUCAACAGAAUGAAGGAAAAGAAGAAAAAAGAAAAGUUAUGUAACAUAUCUGUUGUUGAUGCACAGCCUAAAGAAAUUGAACAUGACUUGGGACAGGAGGCUGAUGUAAGUGCGUUUGGGUUUGGAAUGAAUUUUUCAGCUGAUCUUGUGUCUGGAUCUCCUAUUGCUAGUGAAAAACAGAGUAACAAUCCCACGACUGAAAAUGAAGAUCAAAUAAAGGACAGUAAAGGUGCCGCAGAGAAAGACAGGCGGAGAGACACAUUUGUUGUACCAAAAGCUAUUGUUUCUAAGAGGGAUGAUAGAAAAAAACAGGAGGAAGGAAAGAACAGUGUUACUAAUAAAAGCAAAAUAUUGAGCUCCAAAAAGUCAUCAAAAGAGCUUUCCAAGUCUGAAAAAACAAAAGUGAGCAAAUCAGCAAAACAGUCAGGGCCAUUGCCAGAGAUAGUUGUGCAACAGAAUUACAAUGGCAUUGAAAAUCCCUUCAAACCAACAAAUGUUCUGCUGAGAAGCCCUCCUGGUGCAUAUAUCUCCCCUUACAAACAACCAGAUACAGUUGUUGAAGAUAAAGUUGACUUAAAUGGUUUUCUAGCAACAUUUAAACAAAGUUCAGAAGCAGCUAGAAGUCAAUCACCAAUCUUUGAACCAACAUUUAGCGAUGAACCAACUAGGUAUUUCAACACUGACAUGGAAUUAACAGCUGUUAUAGAUUCCAGCAGGCUCCUAGAAGGAUUUAGAUCUUCGAAAACCAGUCCAAAUAUUCCUCCUGAUGUUUCAAAAGAUCUGGCUGUAAGAGUUAAACAUUCUGAACAAACUGUAGAAAAAACUGGUACAGAGAAUAAGAAAAAUGAAAACACAGAAAAAGUUUUAGAGAACAAGCAUACAGACACGUUAGGUAAUACGGUGACAAAGUCAAAACAAAAGGCAGACAAGCAAGAAAGUCAAAAAGCAGCUAGAAGUAAACAUUCAGCAAAAGAACAAGAAACAUUAAACCAGUCUGAUAAUUCAGAAAACUCUGGAGCAGCAGUCGAAGUAAGGACUAAGAAGCCAGGAGUGUUUACAUUCAAUGUUGGUAGAAAAGAAGCUGACGGAACAAGAAAGCCAGUUCCUGAAAAUACUAGCAGAGCUAGGUCGAAGAAAAAGAUAGCAGUAACACCUGAAAAAGAGGAAAGAAAAACCGGCGAUGACCGAGAUAUGUUUAAUUUUGGAGAUAGAACUCCGACAGUAUCUCUAGAUCAGCUCCCCAAACCUGCAGCUAAAAAUGUAUACGAUCUCUCCAUGAAUGAAAGUGUUGUUCAGUCGGGAACUCUGAAAAAUAUGAGAGAAGGCAUCAUAUCAAAUGGAAAAUCGACUUUCAAAAUACCAGAGCCCAAACCAGAUGAACAUAUUUAUUAUUUACCCCUCAAAGGUUGCCCAGAUGAGAAACCAGAGAAGUCUAAAAGGUCAAGGUCAAAAUCAGGCACAAGAUCCAAGUCUAAAACUAGAAAGAAUGAUUCAGAAGAUGAAGAUUGGGUUCCUGAAAAAUCAUCUAGAGCUAGAUCUGCUAGUAGGUCCAGGGGAAGGUCACAAAGAAGAAAAGCUGAAGAAAAGACUGAAAUAGCACAGCAAAGAAGAGGAAGAUCUCAGUCAAGAGCUAGGAAAACCGAUGAUGAUGUUGAAGUAAGUGAUGUAGAUGAUUCAAAUAGUGUUGAAACUGUUACAAGACGAGGAAGGUCCAAGUCACGUGCCAGGGAGGUAGAAAAUGAUGAAGAAAAGAAAGAUGAAGUUGAAACCUUUUCAAGACGAGGAAGGUCCAAGUCACGUGCCAGGGAGGUAGAAAAUGAUGAAGAAAAGAAAGAUGAAGUUGAAACUGUUACAAGACGAGGAAGGUCCAAGUCACGUGCCAGGGAGGUAGAAAAUGAUGAAGAAAAGAAAGAUGAAGUUGAAACCUUUUCAAGACGAGGAAGGUCCAAGUCACGGGCCAGAGCUGUAAAAGAUAACGAAGAGAAGAUAGAUGAAGUCGAAACUGUUUCAAGACACGGAAGGUCAAAGUCAUGUGCCAGGCAGGUAGAAGAUAAUGAAGAAAAGAAGGAUAAAGUUGAAACUGUUUCAAGACGAGAAGGGUCCAAGUCACGUGCAAGGGAGGUAGGAGAUAACGAAGAAAAAAAAGAUGAAGUGGAAACUGUUUCAAGACAGGGAAGGUCCAAGUCACGAGCAAGAGAAGUAAAGAACAAGGAACAACCAAAAGAUCAAGUUGAAUCUGUUGAACAAGAGAAAGAAAGCAUCUCCAGUCGAUGUCGUUCACGAUCAAGAGCUAGAAAAAUUGUCAUAGAUGAAACUGAUGAUGAUGUUGAUGAUGAAGAUGACGUUAUAGUUGUAGAAGGGAAGAGGGAUGCUAAGACAAAUGUGAUGUCCAAAUCAAAGGCACAGAAAAGCACAGAAUGUAAUGAACUGGAAAAUGACUCGGAGAAGGAGAAUGAUGAUGAUGUCAAGAUAGAAAGAAAGAGUAGAGGACGCUCAAAACACAGAAAAUUCACAGAGACAUGUGACGCAAUUGAGGAUAAACUUAGUCUGAAUGAAAAGUCACAUGUGGACAAAGAUACUAAGAGAAGAAGUAGGUCCAGGUCUGUACUUGUUCUAAAUUCAGAAGAGUCUAGUGGUGAACCUGAAGAUUGUAAUAAGAAAGCUCUUGAAGGAACAUUUGUUGUGGAAGAUAGUGAUUCAGAAUGUGAUAGUAUCCCUAAAAGGACUGUGGAAAGAAAAUCUUCAAGGAAAUCAGGCAAAGAGGUUAAAAAGACUGAAAAUGAAAAUGCCAUUAUUGCUGAAGAAAAAGAUACUGGUGAAAAUUACAAUUCAAAGCAGAUUGAGGAUGAUAAGUUUGCAGCCUUAGAUAAGAUUGUGAACAGAGACAGGGGUCGAAAAUCAAAGAGAAUUAAGAGUUUAGAUCCAGAUGAUGUAUUUGACGAUUUGGAAAAGAUGGAAGAAAUUUUAGCAAAGGAUGAAGAACAGCAGAAGUCUGUGAGUAAAGAAAAUAGAAAACGGAGGAAAUCAAGAAAAGAUGUCAACUAUGAUUAUGACGACAAUGAAAGUGAUAGUGAAAUAACAAAACCUUCCACUGAGGUCAAAAGAACAAAAUCGGUUAAAAAGUCGGUAAGAAAGAAGAAAGAAAAGCCAGAUGACAAAACAAAUAAUGAUAAUAUGAAGGCAAAAGGAGAACUUGUCACGGACAGUGAAAAGCGUGCUGUAGAUGAGAAGAAAGUUACGGAUGAAAAACAGGAAAGCUUGCCAGAAAAAACUCCUGCAGGGCCCAAGAUCACAGAAAAAGGAAAAAAGACUGGAGGUAAAUCCACGCGCCUGGGGAAGAGCACAAGUAAACGGAGGGUGAAAGAGGCCCAGACAGAUGACCAGACGCCGAGAAUCAAGAAGGCCAAGGCCAGUCCAGAGCGGGACAUCAAGAAUGAAAAGGACAGUAUUGCGAUGUUGAAAAAACGGCUGACAAUGCUGACUUCAAAGACAGCAACUCUUGGAGAAAAGGCGCAAGCUGUUGUAGAAGAGGAACUGCCUGAUGAGAUGGAUGCAGAAAAUGGUGAUGGAGGUAGCAGAAGAAGAAAUCGGACUCAAGUCAGCUACAGGCCUCUGCCUCUAAACACAAAACUUCGCCAGGGUGACAAUUUGUACGUAGCAUCUUCAAGCACAUCAAAAGUGAAAGCCGAGCAGACACGACUGGCUAUAGCGCGGAAGAUGUUGGUGCCAAAAGUGAGCAAAGACGAUAAAGAGAAUGUCGACAGACUAUCCUCUCAGCUUGACAAUGUCUAGGCGAGGACUUAACAAACACUAGAAAGUUUCAGGCAUAAGUGGUACAAAAGAGCAACUUUGAAAGUUUGGGAAAUUUUCCAUUGUCAUAGCAACAGAAUGUUAAGACAAGAAAUUACUUGCAACAAGCACUAGAAAGUAUGAGUCAUUACUUUUCUAGUGAAUAUUAUAAAUAAAUAGAAGAGAAUGUCGGCAGGCCAACUUCCGAGUUACAGAUAUAAACAAUACAAAAGCAAUAAACAACCACCAGAAUGUCUGACCAGGACAACAGAAUGGUGGAGACUUAAGUCAUAUAUGUUGGAGCUGAAUAUAUUAAGUGGUUGAACUGUCUAGACUAGGGAUAAGCAACGCCAGAGGUGAGAAAUUCCUGAUUAUGUAACAGAAAGUUUAGAAUCUUCAACAAAUCAUAAAAUGAUAAGAAACAUAAGAUCAUGCUACCAAAAGAAUGUGCCUGGCUUGGACUGGACUGGUUAGAUUACUGGAGAAUGUGCCUGGCUUGGACUAGACUGGUUAAAUUACUGGAGAAUGUGCCUGGCUUGGACUAGACUGGUUAGAUUACUGGAGAAUGUGCCUGGCUUGGACUAGACUGGUCAGAUUACUGGAGAAUGUGCCUGGCUUGGACUAGACUGGUUAGAUUACUGGAAAAUGUGCCUGGCUUGGACUGGACUAGUUAGAUUACUGAGAAUGAGUGUAAUGAAUGUCUUGAGUAUUCCGUUCUGUCUGAUCAAGGCCAUAGUGCUUACUUUGGCAGGUAUAUAGACAGUAAAAGAAACUUCAUAUUGGUGUUGUUAAAAUUUGUGUUGUAUACUGGUCCAGGCAAUAGUAGACCAUAGAAAUGGGUGUAAAUGCUGUUAAGCAGUAAAGGAAUGAUGUGUGGAUUUUCAGUUUUAAGAGUUGUCUAUUGAUUAUUUUAUUUUUGAUAAUUUUUACCCCGGUAUGUAGAAUUGUGGUCAUUGCUGUAGGGUUUAGGGGCUUUUUCAGGCAUUGGGAGCUUAGAGUGUCAGCCUAACUUGUACUUGUAUAUUAUCAUAUUGAAUUGAGCUUUAACUUUUGUAAACUGAUAAUAAGUAUAACUAAAGUUAUAAGUUAAAUAGAUAAAGUUUAUAGUGAACCUAAAUACAUCGGGAAGUUAAAUGGAACGUUCAAGAUAGGAACACUACUUUUAAAUAAAAAACACUUCUGUAAAAAAAUAAAAUCAUUAAAUGCAAAUUCAUUUAGCCAAAAUAAUAUGUAUGCCUGACAUAGUAUAGAGGAAUUUUUUUUUUUACUUUGAUCUUAUUUUUCAAGGGAAAAUAACUUUAACAUACUUGUGUAAAUAACAGAUGUAUUGAAUCCAAAUUCAUUUAAUAUAGCCUUAAAUACUAUGUUUAUGGUUUGAUGCUAUUUUUAUUAGACUUAUUUGUGGCUAUGUUUGAACAUGUAAUGUUUAUUUCAUCAUGUCCCAUCAGUUUACCAAAUGACAGUGUUUUAAUGAUAGUGUUGUAGUGUGACUAACUUGAUUAUUGUGUAUCAUAAGUAACUGUAUAUGAAUAAACUAUUUAAA